UGAAUGGAGCUCAUUACGUAUGCAGCUUUCUCGCCGCUCCAUUCACAACUCCUGCUGCCUCUGCUCCUCUUCCUUCUCCCUGCAGACUGCGUGGAUCUCACUCAGCACAGCCCAAAUGACCACAAACGGUUAACGCAUGGAUUAUAAGAUGGAUGGAUAUCUGGACCAGCAAGUGCCUUAUACUUUAGCUACUAGGUCGCAAGGAAAUGGGCCCCUAAAUAGACUGUUGAUGGCAGCAAAAAGGAAAUACAUGGACACCGAAUUACCCCCUCAGGAAUCUGAAGAUCUAUUUCAGGAUUUAAGUCAGCUCCAGGAGACAUGGCUGACAGAAGCUCAAGUUCCUGACAGUGAUGAGCAGUUUGUUCCUGACUUCCACUCAGAAAACUCAGUGGCAUUCCACAGCCCGCCGGUGAAGAUUAAGAAAGAGCCUCAGAGCCCGGGCUCAGACCCCAGCCAGUCAUGCAGCCACAAGCAGAGCUUCAGCUACCCCAGUGGAGAGCAGUGCCUUUACGCCAGUGCCUAUGAACAGAAGAGAGCAGCAGCAGCGACAGCAGCAGCGACAGCAGCAGCAGCAGCAGCAGCAGGCAGUAAAAGUUCCUGCCCUGGGACCCCCAUGUCCCCCAUGCAGCAUUACUCCCCCAAACCACCGGUGGGCACUCGGCCUGAAACAGCGUACAUGAACCCUCCCACUGCCAGCCAGUCGCACCCCAGCCACUCCCACAGUUACCCCAUGAACCACAGCUCCAGGUUCCCCACAGGUUCGGCAGAGAUGGGUCCCCCCUUUGGACCUCCAGGUCAGACCCUGCAGCGCAUGCACCCUGCACCAGCUGGAGGAGGGGGCAGCGCUGGGGGAGGCGGCGGUUACCAUCGGCAGCACUCAGACCCCUGCAUGCCCUACCUGCAGCAGAGCUUCAAGCAGGAGUUUCUGGACCCCCUCUAUGAGCGGGCAGCCCACAUGGCUGGACCCCACCCUCAGAGGUUCCCCUCGGCCCACAUGAUGGUCAAGCAGGAGCCCACUGACUACACCUACGAGCCUGAUGUGCCUGGUUGCACCUCCAUGUACCACCACAAUGAGGGCUACCCAAAUCCCCAGCACAACAACGAAGGUUACGUGUUUGAGAAUGAUUCCCGUGUUGUUCCAGAGAAAUUCGAAGGCGAGGUGAAGCAGGAGGGGGGUAACGUGUUCCGUGAGGGUGCCCCUUAUCAGCGGCGUGGCUCACUGCAGCUCUGGCAGUUUCUGGUGGCCCUUCUGGAUGACCCUGGCAAUGCACACUUCAUUGCGUGGACUGGCCGUGGCAUGGAGUUCAAACUCAUCGAGCCAGAAGAGGUGGCUAGGCUGUGGGGGAUGCAGAAGAACCGUCCAGCCAUGAAUUAUGACAAACUGAGCCGCUCCCUCCGCUACUACUACGAGAAGGGAAUUAUGCAAAAGGUGGCAGGUGAGCGCUACGUUUACAAAUUUGUGUGUGAGCCUGAGGCAUUGAUCUCGCUGGCUUUCCCAGACAAUCAGCGGCCCAGCCUGAAGGCAGAGUUUGAGCGCUACGUGAAUGAAGAGGACACGGUGCCGCUGUCUCACCUGGAUGAGGGUGUGUCUUACCCCUCUGAACCAGCUGCCACCAACCUGGGCCCCCAGCCCUACUCCAAAGGCUACAUGUACUAAUGCCCCAUUACCCCCACCCCUUUCCUCCCCAUGCACCUAUUGCACAUGCCCAACCCCAUCCACUUGUAUAUAAGGCUAAGGUUUUUUUUUUUUUUUUUUUUUGGUUUGUUUAAAUUAAUAUCAUUAGGGACUCUCUCAAUUCUGAGGCCUAUCCAGUAUAAACACAUGACUGUGGCUCAAUGAGUGGCUUAAUAAAGACCCAAUGUUAUUACGACAAUACGUUGAGACCAGACUGUUUUCCCACUCUGGUAGCUUAUUGAAUGUUAACUUAAAGAUACAUGUGUCCAGGAUACAAAGGUGAGGGCUGUAUCUAUGAUUUAGUUAUGCAACUUGCUGGAUCGAUGGGUGACAAAGGGCUCUUUUUUUGAAAAAACGUCUUUAGCAUACACGGUUGUAAAGCCAAAAGUCCUCAAAUACAUCAGUUCACAGGAAUCUGUUUCCACUCAACAUGUGGCAAGUCACUCAGUGUCAUUUCCACAUGGAUAUUUCCCAGUGUUCCUGAAGUCUCACUUGAUACAGACACCUCAACACAGAUUUGCCUUCCAUGAUGUAAAUAUCACUGUCACAUGACUACUCUUUCAGCAACCAGUCAGGUGACCUUAAACUUGCAGCUUGUAUGAUGUGCUGGACCUGUAGUCCAAGGGAGGCACUUCUCAAUGAAGCAGUAACACUAUAAUCCAAAUAACUUGAAUAAUACUAUAAAUAAAUAGUACAAUGUUUAUCAGUAAUAUUCCAGUGUUUGUUUUUUUUUUUAACCAUAUCACAUAUUCCUGAUAGUAAAUUUGCUCUGUUUAUGCUGUUUAAAUAAACUCUCUUUGGCUUUA